AUGUCAUCUACUGGACGGGCAGAAGAUGACUGGGAGGAAUUAACAACCCCGCUUUCCUUUGUGGGGUUGAUGGCGUUAGAACGCCUCGAGGAUACAGCGCAAUCGCAUCCUGGCUCCAAUGAACCGGAGAGAAUUGAGCGAUUCCGCUCGCUUGCUGCGCCAUUUCCUCCUGGAGAAGGGAACAGAUCAUUUGGUGGACAUGUAUAUGCCCAGUCCGCAUACGCGGCAUCUAAAACUGUUGAAAAGGGGUUUGUUGUUCAUGACAUGACCGGCACAUUCAUUGUCGGCGGGCGGCUGGAUAUUCCAUACGUAUAUACUGUCCGGCAUGUUCGCGACGGCUUCAUGUAUUGCACUCGAGCGGUUGAUGCUCGCCAGGAUGGAAAGAUCUGCUUUUCGUGUCUAUGCUCAUUCAAGCGAGAUGAAAAUGAAAAAACUUUCCAUCACCAACCUCCAGCUGCGCAGGGACGGUUCCGCGAAAUUCUUUCCGGGAAGCGACCAGAAGAUCAACCUGUUAGUCCUAGUGUUGAUGCAGACUGGUGGAUCGAAGCCGUGAAGCAAGGGAACGUCGAGGAGCGAGAGUUCCCGGGGCUCGAUGUUCGCAAAGUCGAUAUGAAGGAUUAUAAUCAGUCUAAAUUGAUCCAAGAUCGGCCGGAGAAGUAUCGCCAAUUGACGCAAUAUUGCCUCAAGGGAUCACCGGACGAAGACCCGAACGCAACCCUUGCCCAGAUCAAAGAGCGAGAAGCCGAGGGAAAAUACGAUAAUCUUUAUGCCUGCGCGCAUAUGUACUCGAGUGAUAGAAACUCCCUUCUUUUGAUCCCCCGAGCCCUUGGCAUCAAAUACUGGACCGAAAUGGCCAGUCUCACCCUGACUGUGAUUAUCCAUCAACAUGGUCAGGCAUUGAGGAUGAUUAAUUGGGAUGCCACACGCGGUGAUCAUCUCGCUGAUGUGGCCAUGAAAUGGUUUAUCCAGGAAGGCUGGACACCGCAGUCGGCGGAGAACAGAGCUGUGCAUGAAAGUCAUCUGUGGAGUCCAGAUGGCACCUUGAUUGCCACAUCAUUGCAGGACAGCAUGCUUCGAUUGAGGAAGCUUGGACGUACGGGGAACCUAUGA